UUCGGGCGAGGAAGAUGGCGUCGGCCAUGCUGGUGCUGGUGGUUCCGCCGUGGCCCGCAGCUCGGGGCCUCCUCCGGAACUGUUGGGAGCGGCUGCAGCGGAAACUUCAGCAGAGCCAGCCAGGCUUGUGCAGUCCUCCGUGGGGACCAGCUUUAGUGGUCCAAGGUCCAGGUGUGUUUACAGAACCAGCAAAUGAUACCAAUGGAAGUAAGGAGAUUUCCAGCCUUUUGGGUAGUAUCUUUUGGAUGGCAGCUCCCAAAAGCAGACGCAGCAUUGAAGUUAACCGGUGUAGGCGAAGAAACCCUCAGAAGCUUAUUAAAGUUAAGACCAAUAUAGAUGUUUGUCCUGAGUGUGGUCACCUGAAACAGAAACAUGUCCUUUGUGGCUAUUGCUAUGAGAAGGUGUGCAAGGAGACUGCAGAAAUCAGAAGACACAUAGGGAAACAAGAAGGCGGCCCUUUCAAGGCUCCUAACGUAGAGACUGUGGUGCUGUACACGGGAGAGGCAGCGUCUGAGCGAGAUCAGGGCAAGAGGAUCAUCGAACGAGACAGGAAGCGACCGUCCUGGUUCACCCAGAAUUGACACCAAAGAUGUUCAAAGAGGAUAAUUUCACAUGAAAUGUUUCUCCUGAAAGAGUGGAAGAUUCUUGUUUUUAUGUUGAUUUUGUGCUUGUUUUUAAAUCAUCAAUCUAGUUUGAAACAAUUCUUUCUAAGUAGUUAGUUUUGUAUGGGGAAUUUGAAGAAUAUGUCAUGAGUAAACUCUGAAAAUGUCUGUGCAGACACUCGGUGAAUUCAUGUCUGUUUCCGUUAUACUAUAAGGUUCUUCUAAGUGAACAUAACAUUUCCAGGACAGAAAAAUAAAACAAAUAAUUUAAAAUUCAUCACAAGAA